AUGGUGCGCGUGCCCGGAUCUUCUGGUGACUCGGGAUUUCACCGUGAGUCCCAACAAGAAGUUCGAGUGAAGAAGGAACAAGGGGAUCAAGCGUCUUCGGGAUCGGGAUCGACGACGACGCUGCUGAAUGAAACAAGAUCCACGGAUCGGCAGAGUACAAGGAGGACCUCUGUCGGCGGAACCGAGAUGGAUCCAGACAUGGAUCCAGAAGAGAAACCUCAACCUCCUCCACAGGUCCCUUCGGGGACCCCGGUGGAUCGCGACAAAAGUCAAGAUCCACUAACAAAACAAACCAAGGCUGGCCAGGAUCGGUAUGCAUUUGCUGACUCUCCAGUGAAACAAGAGCCCUACAUCUUCCAUCCAGACAAGACCCAGACGAAGAAAACCGCUACGAGAAGGAAAAUGAAGGCCCCGGAGCUGGAGGACGAAGAUCCAGAAACCUCGGCCCAGGAUGGAUCCGAGGCAUCAUGGAUCCGUCAUCACGAGAAGAAACUACGCAGCUUUCUGACAGUGGAUCCAAUUAUGCAGAAGUUCGGUGUGAAGCAGAUCGGAGCCCUGCAGGGACCCCUGACACUUCCGGCAGCCGUUAAUCGUCCAGGAAUUUUGCCCGAGAUGGAACGCCUGAUGCAGCCGCUGAGGGAUGUUGGUCUCGUGGCUGGAGCGUUCGACGCGUCAGUGAUGUACGAGAUCGAUCCAAUCCAACUCCGUGCCACGACGGAGAUGAUGUUCAACCGGCUGAAGGUGCUGGUAGGCGAGAUCCAGCCGAAGCCGGAUCCCACAAUCCCGGAUCCAAGAUCACUACAAGAAGGAUCCACAGGAUGUCGGACGUCGUCAACUUAUGUGUCGGCUGCAGAGCUUGGGUCGGACACGUCUUCGGAGUCGCGACGCAUGUCACUUGAACCAUCGGGAGCCUCGAUGCUACGCGCCCGAGCCCAGAUCCAACGCGAAGCAAGUCCUCAGCCCCGAUCCCAGCCUCGAUCCAAGAAGCAGUCAGCUCCAUCGGUGGAUCCAACAGCGACGGCAUCAGGAUCCGACAUGUCGACUAGUAGACUGGAGUCGUUCUUCCAAGCAGCUAUGAACAGGUUCUUGAAGGAGCAGGGAGCUUUGACCCCAGCCAUGACACCGGGGGCGGUUCAGAAUCACGGAUCCCAAGAUGUCGAGAUGGAGUUCACUGGAUCGUCGGAUCCGGAUCCACACUGGGAGUUCGACCCUGACGACAUUGACUUCCCGGCCCCAGCACGCGCUACAGUAGCCACCACCGCGACCGGAUCCACAGGUUCAGCCCUGAUCCAACGAGUCCGGAUCUCAGCGGUCUCGGAUCUGAAGGAGUUCUCUGGCAAGGACCAAGACGAGGAUCGAGCGAGAGCUUGGGUUAGCAAGUACUAUCAUGCUCGCAAGCGAUCGGACGAGUCUCCGCUGGAUUAUCUCUACCGACUUAACGUCGCCGGACUCCGUGCUCGACUCAAGAUCAAAGACGGUGGAUCCAAGGAAAAGCGGGAGCAUGUGGACCAUUUCAUUGUGACUCUGGGCGAUCAGGAUCUGGCGGAUCGGCUGACAUUGCUCCGACUGCCGGAUGCUGACGAGUUGGAAGAAGUCCUGCGUGCCUUGGAUCGGGCGAAGAACCGACAGAAGAAGUCCGCGUAUGGAUCCAGCAAGUACCGACAAAAAGCACCAGCGACGCCUGCGCCGGCCGCUCCAGCCAAACAUGUCGCAACAGCGCCAGCGGCCGUGGGAGGUAAGCGCAAGGAGAGGGACGAAGACGACGACGCGCAGAAGAAGAAGAACUUCGCGGCCGCCGUCCUGAAGGCUAAGAAGAUGAGCGCAGCGCAUGGUGGGCCUAUCGCUGCACUCGGAACUGCUGAAGAGGAUGCCCCCUACGAGCAACCGCUGCGAGCGCCUCUUUUCUCAAGCCAAGCGCUGCUGGGACGUCAAGUUGCUGAAGUGCUCCUCGGAAACAUGCGUGGUUGUAACUCCAUACGCCGACUGCCCGUGGACUACGGGCGCGAAAUGGCGACCCAAGGACUGAAGCCGGCCCGAAUCCGCAUGGGCAUGGCUGGGCGAUUUGGGCUCACUGAGACGGAGAUGCCUACCCUGCGUCAAGUCCAGUGGUUCGUCAGCAGCUUCACCAAGAAAAAUCUCCACGGAAACGACGACUAUGAGGACACUCGGGACCAGAUCGACCAACUGGCAUUUGGACCAGCGACAACCGAUACCCAGCCGUUCUCGUUUGGUUGGGACCGGGACGGCAAGGGCAAGUCAUAUGUGGGGAACGGAUCCGACGAGCACCCGUUUUUGGUGGGUCUCACAACGAAGAUCUUGUUGCGCAACGCGGCUCGAGACCCCAACUCGUUCGUGUUCCACAUGGACGGCACCUUCAAGUUGAACCAACUGCUGCUCAAGUAUGUCAUGGCCGACGCGGAGGCUGUGCAGCUAAACGCGGUCAGCCAAGGUUUUGGUGUCGACUCCGACCUCACCUACCUGAUGUGCUUUUACCACGUCAUGGUCAAGGUCCACGAACGCAUUAAAGCCGUACCGGACCGUUUGUGCGAACAAGUGGUGGUCGAUAUAUACGACUUGCACUUCGCUCCCGACCACCAAGUGUAUGACGAACAAGCCAAAACGGUGCUCGCGAGGUGGUCGGCCGACCAAGAUCUGAAGGUGUUUGGCACCUACUUCAACAACGUCUGGUCGGUGACCCCUCGCGCCUUCAAAGAAGUCCCUCAAGCUACACAGCAGCUGAAGGCCCGCGUUAAAGAGUUCCGGCAGCGCGACCUUCUUCGCGACAUGGCGCUCAAGCAUCGAGCUCCUACUCGCAUCCCCGACACCCAAUGCUGUUCGUGUACUGUCGCGAGGGUGUCAUCGGGUGUAUCUACCCCGAAUUGGGUCGAAGCCGCGAGGUGGCCCCAAAUGGGAGCCAACUAUACGCGAAUGGAACAAGAAGGACAACCCGAUGGUGGCUGGCAUGUGGACGUUGAGCGACUAACCUGCGGAUGCAAGUACAACUUCAAGUUCGCCAUCUGCAUCCAUGCCUUCGCCCUGCAGGUCAAGUAUUACACGGGGCUGGACGGAAAGCGGAUACUGGUCAACCGUUCUGUGCCUAGGAAGCGACGCAAGUCGCGUGCCAGCGGUUCCCGCGUUCCUGCUGGACGACCCCGUACCAACGGGCAUGCACUGAGCACUGACUAA